AUGACUGUACGGUCAGCGAUCGACUUAGACCUGAAUCAACGGCCAGAAAUCCUCGUCGCGAUCGAGGAGAGCUUAUCGCGAUGCCUCGUCCAAUCAGAUCUCGAGGGCGUGCCUGGGGUCGGGCCGAAGCAAGAGGGGAAGGUUCGGGACGUGUACACUGCCAAGCCUGCGGCAGGUUCGGCGGCGAGUAGCGACAGCAACAGCAACACGGACGAAGAACUGCUUGUGGUGGUGCUGAAUCAGACGAGUGCGUGGUGGUUCGAGCAGACAGCACCCAUCGUACCCAACGCCUUCCUCUCCUCUCCUCACCUCGUGCUGAACCAGACCAGCGCGUGGUGGUUCGAGCAGACGGCACCCAUCGUACCCAACGCCUUCCUCUCUUCGCCCGAUCCCAACGUCACCAUCUUCCGGAAAUGCAAAGUCUUCACCGUCGAGUUUGUCGUGCGUGGAUACAUCACGGGCACCACCAGUACGUCCCUGUGGACCGUAUACAACGAUGGGGCUCGGUCCUACUGUGGGAACGACCUGCCUGAAGGUCUGUGCAAGAACGACCGCCUAUCAGCCAACAUUCUGACCCCCACCACCAAGGCAGCCGAUCACGACGAGCCAGUCACACCAGAGGAGAUCGUCUCGCGCGGGCUCAUGACCCGGGAGGAGUUUGAGACCACCAGGGACUUGGCUCUAAAGCUGUUUGCUUUCGGGCAGCAGGUGGCGGGGGAGCACGGGCUGAUUCUUGUGGAUACGAAAUACGAGUUUGGGAAGGAUUCUGACGGCAACAUUCGACUCAUUGAUGAGGUGCACACACCCGACUCCAGCCGCUAUUGGAUCGCAUCCACAUACGAGCAGAGGCAUGCAGAAGGGUUGGAGCCGCAGAAUAUAGACAAGGAGUUUCUGCGGCUCUGGUUCAAGGAAAACUGCGACCCCUACAAUGAUAAGACUCUCCCUGCAGCGCCCGCUCAUCUCAUUACGGAGCUAUCUUGGCGCUACAUUGCACUGUACGAGGCAAUCACCGGGCGGCGCUUCCACCUUCCCGACGUCAAG